UCAGAAAGGGAAACUCCCUACUGAGAAAAUCCAAUAAUUUGGAGUACCUUUUUUUCAGGCAGGGGAGAACUGCAGGAUCACAUCUACCAUAUUCCCAAGGGCAAACUUUCUGCAGCUUAAAGGAGCCAACCAUGGAUUUCAGGCGUGUGAAGGAAUAUUUCUCCUGGCUCUACUAUCAAUACCAAAUCAUUAGUUGCUGUGCUGUCUUGGAGCCCUGGGAGCGAUCUAUGUUCAACACCAUCUUACUAACUAUUUUUGCUAUGGUUGUAUACACUGCCUAUGUCUUUAUCCCAAUCCACAUUCGCCUGGCUUGGGAAUUUUUCUCAAAAAUAUGCGGAUAUCACAGUACAAUUUCUAACUGAUCUUGUUUGCAUUUUGUGAAAUGGCAUUGUGUAUUUAUAUGUUGCUUACAAACUUAUGGAUUUAGGUGACUACUAUGUCUUCUUUCACUAUUUGACCUGAAAAGCCCUCUCUUCUCUAUGCACUCUUAUAUCUUGCCUGGAGUUUGAAAUAGAAGCCUCUUUAGUUUCUUUUAUACGUGCUUCAUUGCACAUCAGACCAUAGAAAACACCAUGACUUUACCUCACAUACCAUGUUCAUUCAACGCAAAUUUAUGACUUUAGAUUUUUUUUUAGUCAGGACAAUUUCAUAUAAAUUUUUUUUGGAAAAUAGGCUCUUAAGAGACCUACCAGAAUCAUAUUUAAAGCGUUCCCUUGACACCUAUUCUAUACUGAAGAAUAUAUUUUAAAAAAAUUCUUCAAAAGCUACUGUCAGAAGUAUCCUAUCUUUGUUUACAAUGUAUACAAUAUGUGAAUAUAUGGACCCCCUAAAGUCUUAUUUUCUAGUAAACUGCAAAUAACUAAAAUUCUUUUACUUCAAAUGCAAAAGAAUAGGCUGGAGGCAAUUAUUUGCUUUCAUACAUGGUUCAUGAAUUGUUUUAAAUGCCUCUUAAAGUCUGACUUUGUAAUGGUUUAAAAUUGACAAUGUUGAUUUUAGAUAAACAAGUAAGUAUUAUAAUACAAAAUAAGUUUAAGUGUAAGAAACAAAAAUAUAAUCAAAGUAAAUUCAGAUGUUGUGGCUUGUGAUGUUGCUUUUGCCUUGCAUGAUGGGGGUAAAAGAGAAAAGAAAUUUUUUCUUUCUGUGCUUUCAUUCAGUGGAGGGAAAAAAAAAAAAAACCCAUGCAUGUAUUGGGCUGCAGGAAGAAAAGCUAAUAAAUAGGCUGGAAGUAAUAUUCUACCAGCAGGAACUCAACAGCUCUAGUUAAAUGCUUUGAUAUAGUGGCUCCUUUGCAAAGCAGAAACAAGAUUUAUUAAAUUUCCUUCAAGUGUUUAUCAUAAAAACAAAUGUAAGUUUUCAGUUAUACUGCUGAAUCAAAUGUGAAUGCCAAAGACCAACCCUUGCAGUUUUGCUUUCCUCCCAAUAAAUAUUAAUGUUAGUAAUUCAGGAGGGUAAAAAUGUAAAUAGGUUUUGGACAAGAUUUGCACCCUUGUUUGUGUUAUGAAAAAAAAAAUUUCCAGGGCAAUCUGGAGAGAAAGAUGUUUGGCAUGCCAAAUUAACUUGCAUGUUUGUUAAAAAACAAAAAACAAACAUACGUUUUAAAGAGAAACCAGAUCUGAAGAUGUAUUUGUUGAUUUUUGUCAAAUAAAAUUAAGUUUAAUUUUAUAAGUAAAA